GCCCCGCCUUCAGUGUCUCCUGGAGUCUCAGUAUGGACAGGGAAGCAGCCACUCUGGCACCGGUUUCCUGAAGGUCCAGUCCAUCCAGCUGUUGUGUGGGGAGCAGCCCAGGACCUGAAGGCAGCCACCAUGGCCCAAGAGUUAGAGGUGGCCUUCACAGACUUCCAGACCUCCAGGAACAACGUGCAGCACCACACAGAAGAGAUAAGCAUCUACCGCCUCAUCAUUCGCCGGGGCCAGAUCUUCACCAUCACCCUGCACUUCAGUAACCGCGGCUUCCAGCCAGGCCUGGACAAUAUCAUCUUUGUGAUUGAGACUGGAUCCCUGCCUGACCUGGCCAAGGGGACUCGGGCCGUGUUCAGCCUGGCAGACCGUGCUGGCACCAGCCCCUGGAUCGCCUCUCUAGAAACCAAUGGGGCCACCUCCUUGGAGGUGAGCCUGUGUGCACCUCCCACUGCGGCUGUGGGCCGGUACCUCCUGAAAAUUCACAUUGACCCCUUCCAGGGCCCUGUCACAGCCUACCAGCUCGGGGAGUUCAUCCUGCUCUUCAAUCCCUGGUGCCCAGACGAUGCCGUCUACUUGGACAGUGAGCCCCAGCGUCAGGAGUAUGUCAUGAAUGAUUACGGCUUCAUCUACCAAGGGAACAAGAACUGGAUCCGCCCAUGCCCCUGGAACUAUGGACAGUUUGAAGAGAAUAUUAUAGACAUCUGCCUGAAGCUGCUAGACAAGAGCCUGCACUCCCAGAUUGACCCAGCCACAGACUGCGCCCUGCGGGGAAGCCCCGUCUAUGUCAGCAGAGUGGUGUGCGCCAUGAUCAACAGCAAUGAUGACAAUGGGGUGCUCAAUGGAAACUGGAGUGAGAAUUACACAGAUGGCGUCAACCCUGCAGAGUGGACGGGCAGUGUGGCCAUCCUGAAGCAGUGGCGUGCCACAGGCUGCCAGCCUGUGCGCUACGGGCAGUGCUGGGUCUUUGCUGCUGUCAUGUGCACAGUGAUGAGAUGCCUGGGGAUCCCCACCCGCGUGAUCACCAACUUUGACUCCGGCCACGACACGGACGGAAACCUAAUCAUAGAUGAGUAUUAUGACAACACAGGCAGGAUUUUGGAGAAUAAGAAGAAGGACACCAUCUGGGAUUACCAUGUCUGGAAUGAGUGCUGGAUGGCCCGAAAGGACCUCCCUCCCGGAUAUGGAGGCUGGCAGGUGCUGGACGCCACACCUCAGGAGACGAGCAAUGGCCUCUACUGCUGCGGCCCUGCCUCCGUCAGAGCCAUCAAAGAAGGAGAAGUGGACCUGAACUACGACACACGCUUUGCAUUUUCUAUGGUGAAUGCUGACUGCGUGUCCUGGCUUGUCUAUGGAGGGAAGGAACAGAAACUUCACCGGGACACGAGUUCUGUGGGCAAUUUUAUCAGCACGAAGAGCAUCCAAAGUGAUGAGCGGGAUGACAUCACUGAGAACUACAAAUACAGAGAAGGUUCCCCCCAGGAGAGGCAUGCCUUUCUGAAGGCUUUACAGAAACUGAAGGCCAUAAGGUCCCAAGGCUCCACACGAGCAGGUCCCCAACUUUCCAGGCCCACAUGGCCAAGCCAGGACCACCCUCGGACUCUGGAUACGCCUUCCCUUCAACCCAGUGAUGUUAUUCAGGUCUCCCUGAAAUUCCAGCUGCUUGACCCACCCAACAUGGGCCAGGACAUAAGAUUUGUCCUGCUGGCCCUCAACAUGUCAUCCCAGUUCAAGGACCUCAAAGUGAACCUGAGUGCCCAGUCUCUACUGCACGAUGGCAGCCCCCUGUUCCUGUUCUGGCAGGACACAGCAUUCAUCGCACUCUAUCCUGAAGAAGAAAAGACUUACUCCUGCACAAUCCCCUAUUCCCAGUAUAGCCAGUACCUGUCAACAGACAAGCUGAUCCGCCUCAGUGCCCUAGUUGAAGAGAAGAGCUGUGCUGAGAAGGUCCUGGUGAACAAGAUCAUCACCUUAUCUUAUCCAGGCAUCAUGAUUAAUGUUCUAGGACCUGCCAUUGUGAACCAGCCACUUUCCAUACAGGUGAUAUUUGCAAACCCCCUCUCAGAGCAAGUUUCAGACUGUGUGCUGACUGUGGAAGGAAGUGGCCUCUUCAAGAAACAGCAGAGGGUCCUCAUUGGAGUCCUCAAACCCCAGCACAGAGCCAAAAUCACUCUGAAGACUGUCCCCUUCAAGAGUGGCCCACGGCAGAUCCAAGCUAAUCUAAGAAGUGACAAGUUUAAGGACAUCAAAGGUUACAGGAACGUAUAUGUAGAAUUUGGGUUAUAAAUUCUGGGAUAAC